AGGGGAAGGGCCGGAGGGGGGGGGAGGGCCGGGGGUGGGGGUGGUGCCCGGGGGGGGUCCCGGGGGGGUCUCCGGCUUUGCCGCCGCCAUCACGGGGGCCAAACUCAGGAAAGUGGCGAAGGACGAGACCACCCCGAGCCCCGCUGGGGGGGGGAGGGGGGUCCGGCCCGGCCCCUCCACCCCCCCCCAAAUCCGAGGGUCCCCCCCGGGCCGGGGGUGGGGGCGGGGGGCUGAUGGAGGAGAUGAGCGCCAUGCUGGCCCGCAGGAGAAAAGCUGCGGAGGGGCCAAAAAAGGAGGAUGACGUCACCAACGAGGAGGCGGAGCCCAGCGCCAGGACGGCGGGGCCGGGUGAGCGCGCGGACUACAACUCCCAGCAUGCACCGCGGCGGGGGCAGGCGGCCGGGCACGAGCCUGUCCGGAGGCCCUGGGAAAAAUUCAGCUCCACCUUGCCCAGGGUGAAAUCGGCCGCUCCAACCACCCCCUCGGAGCCCCACAGUGAGCUGGACCUGGAGAGAUUUAAGCUGGAGCUGCUGGAGGAGGUGCGGAAGGAGCUGCAGAAGGUGAAGGAGGAAAUCAUCCAAGCUUUGGUGACGGAGCUGCGGAAGCAAAACGAGCCCUGAAUGCCCCCUCCCCCCCAGCACGAUGCCACGGAUUUUGGGGAGGGGGCGCUGCCCCCCAACCCCCCCUCCCCCACCAUUUCACACCCCCCUGGGGGGGGCUCCGGGUCACCCCCCCCCCCCCAGGCUGUGCCUUACCGGCGGGGGGAGCCCCGACCCCCCCACACUGUGCCCCCCACCCCAAUUUUACACGUGGGGAGGGGGGGAGGGAGGAGAAACCUUUCCCCCCUUUUUCUCCCCUCCCCCACCCGGGGGGAGUUUUUUUUUAAGCCACUUUUGGGUUUUUCACCUUUUUUUUGGGUUAUUUGGGGAGGGGUCUCCCCGCCCAGCACCAAUAAACGGUUUUGUACAGGA